AUGCCCUCCUAUGCCAACGCCAACCACCGCCAACCUCGCCGACACAAGAGAUAUCUCUCCUACGCAAGCCGCACCUUGGUUCCCGCCCGAUAUCGAGCCUACUACGAGUCCGAGCAGGAGUCCAUGGGCGAUCUCCCCGUUGAGCCUGCCGCCGCGCCAAAACACACCAUGUCCGACGAGCUCAGAAAACUGGCCCUCAGGCUGGGAACGCAAGGACCACACAAGACACUCCCGACGACGAGACUGAUCCAACUCCUCUUCAAUGGCGUGUACAUGAUCAAAACCACCCGCGCCGUCUUCGUCUGGGAACACCCGUACUACCCCCAACUCUACAUCCCCGCCCUGGACUUGCACUCGUACUUUGACGCCCGCUCCGCCGACCUGCAAAUCACCCCCGGCGAACCCGUCACAUCCGACGCCAGCGAGCUCCUCGCCACCCACUGGACCCUCACCGUACGAGACAAAUCCAUUGACAAAGUCCUCUGUUUCGCCGACGAACUCCCCACCGCCGCAGCCUUACCGCUCCAAGGACUCGUCAAAAUCGACUUCGCCAGCGUGGAUCAAUGGUUCGAAGAAUCCACUCCCAUUUUCGUACAUCCCAAGGACCCGUUCAAACGCAUCGACAUUCUGCAAUCGACUCGCCACGUCGUCGUGAAAAUCCACGGCAGAGUCGUCGCCGAUACACAUUCUUCCAUGCAUCUUUACGAAACGGGCCUUCCUUGUCGAUUUUAUUUACCUUUGACGAGAGUCGAUGCAUCUGUUUUGAGACCAAGCCCCACCAAGACGCAAUGUCCGUAUAAAGGCGAAGCGGAGUAUUAUCAUGUCGAACUUGAUUCGGACGACGAUCAUGACGACCCUGAUGAUGAUGACAAUAAUCAUGACCCCAACGGGAAAGAAACGAAGAAGAAAAAGAACGGCAAAAAGGUAUUAUAUGAAGAUAUAGUAUGGUAUUACAAUCGCCCCUUGUUAGAAAGCGCAAAAAUCGAAGGUUUAGUAUGUUUUUAUAAUGAAAAAGUCGAAAUUGAAGUCGAUGGCGAAGUUUUGGAUUCUCCUCGGACGGUUUUUAGUGGGAAACCUCCGAAUUCGGAUUCCAAGGAGAUGAUUUUGGAUAUGGGAAGUUUUGCUAAGCCGUUGCAGACUGUGAAGGAGGAAGUGAAGACGGCGGAGGAGUGAUGUGUUUGGUGUGGGUAAAGAAG